AAAAUCUGAGCGAUCAUUCAUCCAUUUGUGUUUUAGCUGCGUUGAGGUAGACUUCGAUCGAGUAGAUGAGAUUCUACUCGACAGGCGAAGAAACAACGUGGUAUAUAAUGCUGGGUUGCCGCUUUGAGAAUCAGUAGCUGGUAGAUCGAACGUGGCUAUGUCCACUGGAACUAAAAGAUGGCAAAGGAGGACACUUCGCCCAGCGACGCAGAGACAAGCCAGCAGAGACCAGCUCAUGCAGAAAGUCCAGCGAGCGCUAGCAAUCGGGCGAUUUCCGAGAGUGACGAAGGUUCGCAGCCCGUCGACGAGAGUCCCGCGGGAGAUGGUGAUGGAGGCGUGAUGUCCUCCGUGGACGAUGAGCUUGAGCUCAGUGAAAAUGACGUAGAUGCAUUUAUGAGAUUAUACAAGAAAGGCAAAGAGUGAGUUCUGAAUUCUACACUAGGUCACGGGGUCUGUAUGAAGCUGCAGCUCUUAGCAAUACUUUACACAGUUGUUCAGGCCAGGGGCGAAUGUUUCACACCCCUCUGAGGUCGUCGACCCAAACCCAAGCACACAAUAUCUUCAAACAUGCAAGUGUUAAAUUUUUCCUGUGGGUUUCGGGAGCCAAGGAAUGGCCUCGUCAGAGAGCAGGUGACGGCUGUGGUUGCCAUGACAGCGAUGUUUGUUUAAAAACUUGAAUCCGGUCGAGUUCAGUAUGUGGGGCUGGGAAACCUUCCAUACAGACAUAUUUGUUUGUAAGAGUGACGGCACGACCUUGCCGCAAAUCCAUCAUUGAAGUUGAUUGGUAAGAGGAAUUUGUGCUAACCCUCCUCCCUGUGAUCUUGUGUUCAUUGUUUUGCUUCCUGUGCAUGUUGCUCUGUUCAUAACGUUUGUUGGCCCGUGUGACCAAUGGACUUGGAUUGUGCUGGUUUCAUGGAUCAUUCUUCGUCUGCAAAUUAUGGCAGGCUCGAGCAAUGUGAACAACUGGACAUGGCACUGGAGUGCUACAUGACUGCUGUUGAUAAGAUGUCCGAGAACAACACGUCCGUGUCAUUCCAAGAAAUCCCGGAGUGUUUGCACCGGAUUUCGAACAUUUACUUUCUGGCUGAGGAGUAUGACAAGGCCCUGAAGUUUGCGGAGACAGAGAAGCUGUACUACGAAACAGCCCUGCUGGGCACGAUAGCGCCCGUGCAGAACACAACAGGGGAUGGCAAGGAAGAAUUGUCCACGGACGAAGUACUGGCCCGAAGAGCAGAUGAGUUUGAACGUCUCUCCAAGCUCUGCCUAAGUGAUAAAAGGCCAAAGCUAGCACUGGAUUAUUGUGGAAAGGCUUCCCAGCUCAGGCAGAAAGUCUUUGGGGAAGAUCACCCGAAAACUGUCCAGUCUUUGGAUAUGUUUGCUGGCAUUUAUGCGGAAGUGGGCCGAAAGCAAUAUGCUGAUGCUCUAUUGACUGUAGAGCCAGCUGAAGAAUCACCGUUGUCCACAAUGGCAGCAGGCGGGUCAUCUGGAGACCAGCCCAGCAAGUGUCAUCAUGAAACAACAAGUUCUGGUGAUGGCAAUCUACCAGCUGGAGCAGAAAUCCCAAGCUGCUCAGCGUCCACGCCAGACCGAGUGCAGGCCAUUCGUCUACGUGCCGGCGGCAGAGCACGAACGGCUAUAGACGGGACUGAGUCACGCUUGAAUGCUGGCUAUGCUGAACAGACACCUGUUGAGAGUAGUGACACUGAUGAGACCUCGGUCCGACGCCAUUCACCAUCAGGGGAGUCAGACCAUGGUCGAGGUUCCAGUGGCUACAAGAUACUCACGACUUCUGAUGGUCGACGGCGCAGGCAUGUGGCCGAAGAGCAGAGAACAGGAGCUGAUGUGCAGAGUAGUUACGAAGUAGCUGAGGACUCGGCACAUGCUGUAUCAGCGUGCACCUUGCUUGUGUUCUUCCUUAUCAGCAGCAUGGUGGCGGUGUUGGUUAGCAUCCUAUGGUGUCACUGGGCACAGACCGCGUCAUGCAGAGCUACGGAGAAUCUUCUCUUGAACCUCGGCGACCACUAUGAACACAUUCGGACGAAGGUAAUCAUGGCCGCGUGGUGAAUGUUUGGCGGGGGUUGAUUUUCCUGAGGCUCUGCACAAUGUGACGGUCUAGGCUGUGUGCACCGCAGUGUAGGAGGUACUCUGGAGUAAAACCCCGCAACAUUACAAUGUGGCACUGAUGAGUAACGCAGGAGCAUGGGGGCUAUGCCUAUGGUGCAUGAGGCCCGGAGUGUGUGCGGGCUGGCAUGUGAGGUACUGUCUCUACUGAGUGCGCGGGGCCAGGCCUUAUCCUGAGUGACAAUCAUUUUCCUGACCGCGUAUACUCCUAGCUAUGGUGAAAAUCAACUUUUGUCGGUCUGAGUGACAAGUGCUGCAACUCAGUCUUGCCCACCAAGUGUAACAAUGUCUUGGUCUAUAGUGUGCAUAGGCCAUACUCAUGUACAGUACCGGUACUAAAGUAUAAUGUAUUUUGUGAAGUGAUUGUAAAUUGGUUAUAUCAAGGGAUAAUCUCUAUGCUUUACAAGAACUUCCACAAAAAUGUUUUUUCCGCUUUUCCUGAGAUUAUUUUUUGACAUGUUUCUUUGCAACUCAACUUGGCGCUUUCAUAUUCAUAAUUAUUACUUUUUCUUUAAAAUCUGUAUACUUAUUUGUGAGAAGAUAAAGCCUCUCUCUGAGUUUAUGGAAACGA